AUGUUUGCAGCGGACAGUGUAGACAGACCAUCAUGUGGCUGCUCGCAGUAGGUUGAAGGCUGGGGAAGCUCCGACCGACCGACGUCCUACCGGAGAAGCGCUCCGGUGUCAAGAUGCCAACCUUCUCAGUCAUGUAUAAAGGAGCUGUCAUCAUUAGCAGGACACUAAUGGGUCCAUACGGAGUAGACAGAGCUGUUCAUUCCAUGGAGUUUACUGAUUGUGAGAAUGGCCUGGGGAUUAAAGUGAUCGGUGGAGUGAAGGAGCUCACUGGAGAGGAGUUUGGAGUCUACGUCAAACGGAUUUUACCAGGUGGCCUUGCAUCAAGUGAUGGAAACCUGAUGCCAGGGGACCAGAUCUUGGAGGUGAACGGGGACAGUCUAGUGGGAGUCACAAGUGAAAGAGCUGUGGACAUCUUGAGAGCAGCCUCUGCAACUAAUCUCAUGCGCCUUCUCAUAGCCAGAGACGAGGAAGCAAAGAGAGAAUUUGCUGAGUUGCUGGAGAAGUAUGGAUCUAAUGGUAGCACAGGAUCAACACGCAACUCUCCCAUACAGCAAGGAGGCCGCUACUUGGAUAGUACAUCAUCCGGUUCCUCGUCUCGCUCCCAGAGUCCUUUGUUGUUGAGCCCAGCAGGCUCUCAGAACAUGUACAACAACAGUGGGCCCAUGCUGCGCUCCCUCAGUCACCCAGGUGAAGGAGUGAUUCAGCUCAUUUCAUUGGCGAAAUCCAGCAGUUUGGGCAUCACCAUCGGAGGAGGGUCCAACAGGCCCGACGGCCCCGCUGUCUUCAUUCAGGAAGUGCUGUCUGGAGGAGACUGUCACCGGGACGGACGCUUGAGGCCUGGAGAUCAGCUCAUUGCCGUUAACAAGGAGUCCUUAAUAGGUGUGACCCACGAAGAGGCCAAAAGCAUGCUGAACAAAGUCAAAGUCAGCCAAGACAGUGCUGUGGAGAUAGCCUUCAUCCCGGGGAAAGGACUUUUUCCCAGCAGCACGUCACUCCACAAUGGGGUCCAGCGAGCUGCAGGCAACAGUUACAACUCUGGACGCUUGAAAGUCCAUAUCAGAUCACCAGAGAUCUGUACAGAGGAGCCAGUGCCAGUGUCCUCACCUUCUCCUGACAUCUGCCCAGAUAUUCAUAUUUCAGGUUCAACCAGCCAGAGGUCGCCAACUGGGGCCAAACCUAAGAUAACACUGGACCCCUACAUACGCCUCAAAUCAGACAAGUUAGACGUGGCUUUGUCCUUCCUCGGAUUGGAUGUCACAGAAGAGAAAAGGAACGAGUUGAAACAGAGUCUCACCACAGACCCACAAGGCACUGUGGCCUAUGGAGACUUUGUGGAGGCCACCCGGAACGUUUUCCAGGAGAACCUGGAGGAGCUGGGGUUAGGAGCGGGUCCGUUCAUGUUUUCCUAUCAUGAAGCAGCUAGUUUGAUGGACACGUCCGCCUUCCACUCCCCUACAUAUGAAUCAGAAUGCAGCUACAGCAGUGAGGAGAUGGAGCAGUUUCAGACAGAGGUGAAGCAGCUGCAAACCCAGAUGAAGCAGCUCAAGGUGAUGCUUAAGGACAUGGAGCACAGCAAGAAGUCCCUGGAGGAGGAGCUGCAGAAGAGCUCAGAGAAAGCCUGUUUGACUGUGGAGGAGAACACCCAUCUGAAGACUCGUCUGCAAGCAGCAGAGGCCGAGGCCGGCCAGCGGCAGUCCGGCAGUGCGGAGCAGGACUACGAGGAGGUCAUCCAGCUGCUGGAGGCGGAGAUCAGAGACCUGAAGAACCAACUGGCCAGCAAGAGGCAGGCAAGAGGACUGGAGUCCACAAAGGAGGAGGAGCUGAACAGGAGGCUGACAACUAUCGACUGCCAGCUGAAGAAGUCAGAGCUCAGCAGGAAACACCUGGAGAUCUCCAACAAGAAACUGCUGGGCUUCGCACAGAACGUCCACAAAGUGCUGAUGACACCGAGCCUGUUUGGAGAAGGCGGGAGCAGCAGGUCAUCUCCAGCAACCGACACCCCGUCACCACUUCCUGAUCCCACCUACCAACUGGCUGUGGAGGCCAAAGAGCUGGUGGCGGGAGUCGGCUCCCUCACUGCAGAUGACAAAGCAUCCGUCCCAGACGUCAACCUUCAUCAUGUGUGAGCAGCAAAGAGCCAGAGGACGUGGGCAGGCUGAGGAGGCGGAAUGAGCCGACCCACAGUCUAGACCAGACUCCACCAGUCUACAGACUGGACCUUCUGAAAAUAAUGACAUCACUUUGAUAAAUUAAAAUCUUCCGUUCACAGUGGCGGAUUGAACAAAGCUUGUCACACACAUCAGAUUAGUGUCUUCCUUUGAUCAGCA